UAAAUUAAGACCGAAAAUGAAAGAUUGGAAGGUUUUUUUCUUCUUCACUGCAAAUUUCGACAUUGGAGAAUGGAGAAGCUGUAGAAGUAGUACAAACUCACGCAGUAGUACCAUCACCACCUCGAUUCUUCAAACAUGGCAGCCACUAACAAUGGCGGAGGAGGAGAAGACCAGGAAUUGAAUAGAUUGACUGAGCUCAGUAAAACCCUAAAGCAAGGAGAGAGACUUCUCGCGCCAACUCGGAGACCCGAUGGUACUCUUCGCAAACCCAUUCGGAUUAGGGCUGGCUAUGUCCCUCAAGAUGAAGUUGCCAUUUACCAAUCCAAAGGCUCUUUGUUGAAAAAGGAGAUGUCAUCACAUGACGGGCCUCCUGGUUAUGAUCCGCCAGCGGCUGCAGUCACGGCCACGGCCACAGCCACAGCCACGGAUACGAAGCCGAAGACUAAGUCUGUAAAGAGGAACGAGAGAAAGAAGGAGAAGCGGAUACAGGCUGCUCUUGAAAAAGAGAAGAGCUCGGAGCAAAAUGAAGUUGAGGAAACUAAUAAGGAAGAAUCAGUACCUCUUAAAAAUAUUGGUCGUGGUUUGGAAUCUGCCAAGUCAUUGACAUCUCAAAUGAAUGAGCUAGCUGUUUCCACAAAUACCUCCGAAGUUACUCCUCACUUGGACUCAAUAGACUCAAAUUCAGGAGAUCCCAUCCAAGAUAUUGAUAAAAGAAUUCGAGCUCUCAAAAAGAAGAUUCGACUUACUGAAGCUCAAAAACAGAAAAUUGCAGAGCAGGACAUGAAGCCAGAACAGUUAGACAAGUUUUCAAAGCUUGAAGGUUGGUGUCAGGAACUAAAGCUUUUAGAGGAUAGAAAAGCUGAACUUACUUCAUCUUGAAUUAGGUUGUGUUAGAUAAAGCUUGAAAUAACCAUGUAGUUUUCUUUUCAUCUCCUUUUUAGAUUAUGGCUUUGUUUUUGGGAAAAGGGCAAAAAAAAAAAAGUUUCGUUUUUCUUUUGUGAAAAGAAAGUUCAUGUAUUCAUGCUUCAUUUUAAUUUAUGCGUUAUACAUUUUCAUGACUACGUGGGUUCAAUUCAAAUUUAAGACCUGUUUCCCUA